AUGAGCAACGACAAAACACUCACCAAGAUUCCACAGUUUGAUGGUCACUAUGACCAUUGGAGUGAACUGAUGGAAAACCUCUUGUGUGCCAAGGGUUUGUGGAGUCUAGUGGAAGAGGGUAACACCGAAUUAGCAGAGGGAAUCGAAGUGACUGCAGCGCUAAAAAGGAAUCUUGAGGAGUUCAAGAUGAAGGACCAUCAAGUGAAGCACUAUCUGUUCCAAGCAAUUGAUCGGGUUGUGUUUGAACAGAUCUUGAACCGCAAAACAUCCAAGAACAUUUGGGAUUCGAUGAAGAAAAAGUUUGGAGGCAACGAAAGGGUGAAACGGUCUCUUCUCCAAACUUUAAGAAGAGAUUUUGAGGUUCUUGAAAUGAAGAACGAAGAAAACAUCGAUGAUUAUUUUGGAAGAGUAAUGGUUGUCUCCAACAAGAUGAGAAGCAACGGAGAAGACAUGUCAGAAUCAAAGAUUGUUGAGAAAGUACUUCGAACUCUGACUAACAAAUUCACAUAUGUGGUGGUGGCCAUCGAGGAGUCAAAAGACACAGGAAAGAUGACGAUUGAUGAACUGCAAAGCUCUCUGUCUGUACAUGAAAAGAAAUUCAAGAAGAUUAGUCAUGAAGAAGGUGAUCAAGCUCUCAAUGUCAGAGGAAGAGGCAUAGGAUCAUACAGAGAGAUCGAAGAAAAGGAUGAAGUUAUUCUCAUGACAUAUGUGGAGCUUCAAGGCACUAAAAGAGGAGAUGUGUGGUUCGUGGAUUCUGGGUGUUCAAACCAUAUGUAUGGAGAAAAAGAGAAGCAAACUGGAUUGUUCAUCAAAUGUCUAAGAAUAGAUAGAGGAGGAGAAUACAACUCAAUUGAGUUCAAAGAAUUCUGUAAAGCACAUGGAAUCAAAAGACAGCUGACCACUGCCUUCACACCUCAGCAAAAUGGUGUUGUUGAAUGCAAAAACCGUACAAUCAUGAAUAUGGUGAGAGCAACGUUAUUAGAGAAGGAGGUACCAAAAGUUUUCUGGCCAGAUGCUGUGCAAUGGGUGAAUCACAUUCUUAACAGAUCUCCUACACUCAUUGUAAAAGAUAUGACUCCGGAAGAGGCAUGGAGUUAA